GCCUACUCAUUAUCGCAAACCCCUCGCGCUCGCUCGAAAGUCGAAACCCCCGCUUUCGCCAUUCUCUCUCUCUUCGCUUAUCGCUAGGGUUUGCUCUACUUCUUCCCCAAAAUCCACUCGAUUACUUCCUCAAAUCAGGGGUUAUCUUCAAGCUAGGGUCGUCAAAUUUCUCGGUUUUCAGUUCGACAAUGGACUUCGGUGGACCUCGCAAGAGAGGCAGACAUGACGCUGCUGUUAAUGGCAAUGGCGGCUUCAAGAAAUCUCGUCCAGAAUCGGAGUCCUUCCAAACUGGUGUAGGAAGCAAAUCGAAGCCUUGCACAAAGUUUUUCAGCACGUCGGGCUGUCCAUUUGGUGAAGGGUGUCACUUCUUGCAUCAUGUCCCUGGUGGAUUCAAAGCUGUUUCCCAGAUGAUGAACCAUGGUGGUGCACCAGUUCCUCCACCAUCCAGGAAUCUCGCUGGUCCCCCGUCGUUCUCCGAUGGUCCAGCUGGACAGGCAGGCAAGACCAAGAUGUGCAACAAGUUUAAUUCUCCGGAAGGUUGUAAAUAUGGAGACAAGUGUCACUUUUCUCAUGGAGACAGGCAGCUUGGAAGGCCAUCCAUUCCAUCAUAUGAAGAUCCGCGAGGCAUGGGUUACAUGGGUGGCAGGAUGGGAGGCAGGAUGGAACCUCCACCUCCUGGUCUUGGUGCUGGCACCAACUUUGGGGACUCUAUUUCUGCCAAAGUAAGCAUUGAUGCUUCACUUGCUGGAGCAGUCAUAGGUAAAAGUGGGACAAACUCAAAGCAAAUAUGCCGUGUUACUGGGGUUAAGCUUGCAAUAAGGGACCAUGAGACUGACUCUAACAAAAGGAAUAUUGAACUCGAGGGCACCUUUCAUCAAAUCAAGCAAGCCUCUUCCAUGGUUCAGGAGCUCAUACGGAAUGUCAAGGCGGCUUCUGGCCCCCCUGCCAGGCAGAAUAAUACAGGACAUGGUGCACCCGGUGGCGGUAGCAAUUUCAAGACAAGGCUUUGUGAAAACUUCACCAAGGGAUCGUGCACAUUUGGAGACAGGUGCCACUUUGCUCAUGGUGCCGAUGAGAUGCGUAAAUCUGCAAUAUAAUCCAACAGUUCUCCAUUGUCCGUGCCUUUUCACCUUAAUUGGGAGUUUUGUUUGUCCAUCUGGAUAGUCAUGAAGGAUGUCAUGCUUAGUCUUCAGAGGCUGUUAGGUUUUUUUUUUUAAUCCUUUGUAAUCUGAUAUUUAUGCUAUUACAAUUAGUGAAGAUGAUGCGCUUAUGGAUUCUGCUAUACAUUUGUCAGAAUAUUAAGUUUCGAAGUUUCAAGGACUCGUAUUUAAACAAUGCUUAAUCUACUCUAGCAUUUCUACUCAA